AUGAAGUGUCCUCACCGGUCCGACCUCUUCCUGCACGACACCAACACGCUCCAGGGCGACAUCCUGCUGCGCGAAGGCGCCUCGCAUCUCAAAUUCCAAGAGUAUGCCAUUUUUGCUAAGGAUCCAGAUAUCGACUGUGCGAGCACUAUUCACUCUGGCGACACGGACAACGACCGCCCUUUUCUUAGGCACAUUCCUCAGCACAUCACGUCCAAGGACGGGAGCAGAGGAGAUGAGCUAUUCCACCAGGCUCUGAGGGAUGACUACGCUGUCGACGUCGAUGGUGGCUGGAGCCCUAGGCUUAAAUCGUCGCACCUCUUGCAGGGCAGAGUGCGGCAGGUGAUAUGCCAUCGACGGCCGAAUAUCAAGUCUAGCGAGGACCUCGACCUGGAUGGCUUGUACCUGACGGCAGAGGACUACGCCGCCAUGGACCUCCACCCGGCGACACUGCAGUACGUCAGGAGGAGGGCGGUCGAGUCGACGUUCUGGGACCGCCACCACGAGAAACUCAGCAUCAUCCUGUCCUUCCCGACAGACCCACAGGCUCCCUACGACUUUCUCUCCAUGACAUACAUCGUGACAGACCGCACAACCACCACCCUCAUCCGUCAGUCGUCCUUUGUCGAGCCUCACCAGAACAACAGCAACAGCAACGGAGGUGGCGGUGGCGGCGACGACCUGGAGCAGUACGACACGCGCAUGCAGGCGUGCAAGUCGCACUGGGCCCACCCCCUUGUCAUUCCCGUCAUGCUGCUGCAGGUGCAGUUCGCCAGCACCGAGAGGGCCGUGGCAGAGAACCACAGCGAGGUCCUGGCUGUCGAGCGCGACGUGAGCAACAUGGCUGGGUUCGACGCCAUCGACGAGCGCGCGCGGCAGCGGGAUGUUGGGCUCCAGAAGACGCCCUCCAUCACGCCGGCACGCCGUCAAGGCUCGGGACAUAGCAGGAGUGGGAGCACCAGCCAGGGUCAAGGGGUGCCGGUGUACAAAAAGUCUACAGAGCUGAUGAAGAAUGCGCACGAUGUGCUGAAGAAGUCGAUUCGGCUGCUGAACACUCUGGAGUGGUUCGAGCGCACGUGCCAUGUCCUCCUCGCCGCGGGGGACGAGCUGGAUGAUGUCAGGCAGGGUCCAGACAAUGCCACACCGAGCGGUGCUGCGUUUCCUGUUCCGUUGUCGGCUCGUGGCAAAGUCAAGACGGGCCUGCUGCGGGCUAGAAUCUCGGAUGACCCGCUGGCUGGGCACUGGCACGAGAUCAGGCAGUACCUCGAGGGUCUCUUGCAGUUGUGCCAGUCUCUCAAGACGGACAGGACCAUUCUUGAGAUGCGAUGUAAAGCCCUGGUUGAUAUUGUGAGUAGAGUACUUUGUUUCACUUCCUGCAUGGACUUCUCUGCGCAAUCUUUGACUAUCCAUACCUCUUGA